AGGCCAAUGAGAGCGCGAAGCGCUGGACGGUCGUUGGGCUCGAGGCCGGCGCAUGGCUGACGCGGCGCUCUUCGAGUUUCUGCAUACCGAGAUGGUGGCGGAGCUGUGGGCGCACCACUCCGACCCUGGCCCUGGGGGACAGAAGAUGAGCCUGUGUGUCCUGGAGGGAAUGGGCUUCCGUGUGGGCCAGGCCCUGGGAGAGAGGCUGCCCCAGGAGACGCUGGCCUUCAGGGAGGAGCUGGACAUCCUCAAGUUCCUGUGCAAAGACCUGUGGGUGGCCGUGUUCCAAAAGCAGAUGGACAGCCUCCGUACCAAUCACCAGGGGACCUACGUCCUACAGGAUAACAGCUUCCCCCUCCUCAUCCGGAUGGCCUCGGGCCUGCAGUAUCUGGAGGAAGCACCCAAGUUCCUGGCCUUCACCUGUGGCCUUCUGCGAGGCGCCCUCAGCACCCUGGGCAUCAAGAGCCUGGUCACUGCCUCCGUGGCAUCCCUGCCCACCUGUAAGUUCCAGGUGGUGAUCCAGAAAACCUGAGGAGCGCCCCCAUCCACAGGCCACCCCGCAGAGCCUCACAGCCCCCGCUGGCCCGGGGACCUCGGAGCCCCACCUUUGGGGGUGGCCAGAGGGCUCGUGCUGGGGACCCCAGGCUCUACGGGUGAUGGACAAGUGGGAGGGGGGAUGGUGCUGGGGGCCAACCGCUCUAGGGCAUCACAUGUGCUCCCCAGGCGGGUAUCACAGAGAGGUUGGGGUGUCCUGGAAACAAGGUGGCCCAAGUUGGGGCCAGUGUGAAGGGAUCCCUACGUUGGGCCCCUUGCUCGGCAUGGCAGGUGCCCAAUAAAGGUUCUGUGUGUGGAA